AUGUAAUUAAAAUAAAGAAAGAGAAUUGAUAUCUCAGAUGAUCCUCUCUUCUUUAAUGAUGAACCAAUAAUCAAAUUGAGGAAGUUCAAGCUUAAGAAAUUGUCAGAUUUAGAGAGUCUGAUGCAUCAAUAAAGUUAACGUAGAGAAUCAUUUAACUAAAAUUUCAAGCACAAUAGGUUACUUUAACAACAGAAGCAUCAAUCACUUGAUCAAGGCAAGAUGAUUGAUUAUAUAAAAGUUUAAAACAGAGAGUUAAACUAAGUGAAAUUACAAUAAAAACUAUUGAACCGUUCCCGUAUUCUCCAAAAUGAACCCUAAAAAAGUAAUGACAAGAAUUUACCUUUCGUUGAGUAAUACCUUUUCAGAAAGACAUUUAACAACAUCAUCAAAAAAUCUCGUCAUAAACAUGAGAACAUCAAAGCAUCACUGAAGAAGGUUGAGACUCUUUUGAGCGGGAUUGAGACUACGCGAGAUCAAUACCCUCUGCUUUCACCCAUUGUUCAAACUAAACACACUCAGGUCAAGUCAUGCAGAAAUGAGGAUAAUUCAACACACACUAUAAAAUCUCAAUUUCUUAAUGUAAUCGACUCUCCAACAGCUAGAGAUAGGUCCUCAUCUCUUAAAUACACCAUUGACUAGAACAACGAAAUUCGAAACAUGAGGAAAGCCAAAGUCAAGGAAAUUAUUUUCAAAACUGAGGAAACCAGAGAGCGAAGCAUGGCAGCUAAACUAUCAGUUUACAGCGAAAAACCAGAUAGCAUCUAGCCAACAAAGAAAUAAUUAUAAUAGCUUCGUUUUAAAUGGGUCAGGAAAUUAAAGUAUAAAAUUGAAUUGCAUAACAAUUAAAUGAGAUAAUUUAUGGAUUUCUUGGAUUAUCUCAAAUCCUCUGAAUUAAAAGUAACAAAUGAAGAUCACCAUUAUUUAAAAUACUAUCGAGAUAAAUUAUUAAAUGGCGAUCAUCUUGUAGACCAGGACUUUUAGAUCAUGAUCAACGAUCAUAGGACUAAUCUUAUUGGCUAAUUAAUCAGAAAUUCAAUAGCCAUCGAGAAUUGA